AUGCUCCGCACCGUGCUCUCCCCGCUGCUUCCCCGCCUGAUCCGGCCGCCUGCCCGCCUCUAUGGAACCGCCGUUCCUGUUCCGAGCACCCAGCCGGAGGUCCAUUAUAACAAGCUCUUUAUCAACAAUGAGUGGCAGGAUGCUGUGAGUGGGAAAACCUUUCCUACAAUCAAUCCAUCCACUGGAGAAGUCAUCUGUCAGGUUGCAGAGGCUGAUAAGGCCGAUGUGGACAAGGCAGUGAAAGCAGCACGUGAUGCCUUCAGGCUGGGCUCCCCGUGGCGCCGUAUGGACGCGUCUGAUCGCGGUCUGCUCCUUUACAGACUAGCUGAUGCUAUUGAGAGAGACUCUGCUUACCUCGCUGAACUGGAGACAUUGGACAACGGGAAGCCGUAUGCCAUCGCCUAUAUGGCUGAUUUACCUUUGGUUGUGAAAUGUCUCAGGUACUAUGCCGGUUGGGCAGACAAGUGGGAGGGAAAGACCAUCCCUGUUGAUGGGGAGUACUUCACCUAUACCAGACAUGAACCUGUUGGAGUCUGUGGACAGAUUAUACCUUGGAACUUUCCUCUGGUGAUGCAAGCCUGGAAACUGGGUCCGGCCUUGGCAACGGGAAACACAGUUGUGAUGAAGGUUGCUGAGCAAACUCCUCUCACAGCUCUCUACGUGGCCAGUCUCAUUAAAGAGGUGGGUUUUCCUGAAGGUGUGGUCAACAUCUUGCCUGGAAUGGGACCGACAGCUGGAGCAGCCAUUGCAGGCCACAUGGACGUGGACAAGGUGGCCUUUACUGGAUCCACAGAGGUGGGCCAUCUCAUCCAACAGGCAGCAGGCAGCAGUAACCUGAAGAAAGUCACGCUGGAGUUGGGAGGGAAGAGUCCGAACAUCGUUUUGUCUGAUGCCAGCUUGGAAAAUGCCGUGGAGCAGUCCCACAUGGGCUUGUUCUUCAAUCAAGGCCAGUGCUGCUGCGCUGGCUCUCGACUCUUCGUCCAAGCAGACGUCUACGAUGAAUUUGUGGAGCGUAGUGUGGAGCGUGCUAAAAGACGAGUGGUGGGAGACCCGUUUGAUUUCAAGACUGAGCAGGGCCCUCAGGUGGAUCAGGAGCAGUUCAACAAGAUUCUUGGCUACAUCAGCAGUGGGAAGAGAGAAGGGGCAAAGCUGAUGUGUGGAGGAGGAGUGGCUGCAGACAGAGGCUACUUCAUACAGCCCACAGUGUUCGGUGAUGUCCAGGACAACAUGACUAUUGCCAGGGAGGAGAUCUUUGGUCCAGUGAUGCAGAUUCUGAAGUUUAAGACACUGGAGGAGGUUAUAACCAGAGCCAAUGACACCAAAUAUGGACUCGCAGCUUCGGUUUUCACAAAUGACAUUGAUAAGGCCAACUAUGUGUCCAGUGGGCUCCGGGCCGGGACAGUCUGGAUAAAUUGCUACAACGUGUUUGUACCCCAGGCUCCAUUUGGAGGCUACAAGGCCUCAGGGAAUGGCAGAGAGCUAGGCGAGUAUGGGCUGGAGGCCUACACAGAAGUUAAAACAGUGACAAUGAAGAUUCCACAGAAGAAUUCCUAAGCAUUUCUCCAGAAACCUGGAAUUAUGGUCUUUCUUUUUUUUAUUUUUUAUAAUCUGUUUCUGGUUAGUCUGCUUUCCAAUGUAUUCCCUUCUUCUUUUUCUCCGCUGAUAUCCUUACUAAAGCUAGUCUGUAAUAUGACGAUGUGUCCAAUAACAUUUGACUGUAAAGCUUAAAAGGGGAGAAAUACUGAAUUCCAGUAUGCAUUUACGGUGAUUUUUGAUAAUAAAGGUAGUUGAUAAAAGAAGG